CUGAAAGAUACCUUGAGCAGAACUGAAUUUACGCACACGAAGAAAACGCAGCCAAAUCUGAGUUUUCCACAAUGGCGGGCACGGGUUUGGUGGCUGGAGAGGUUGUGGUGGAUGCGCUGCCGUAUUUUGAUCAAGGUUAUGAAGCUCCUGGUGUGCGGGAAGCGGCUGCAGCGCUGGUGGAGGAGGAAACUCGCAGAUACCGACCUACUAAGAACUACCUGAGCUACCUGACAGCCCCGGAUUAUUCUGCCUUUGAAACUGACAUAAUGAGAAAUGAAUUUGAAAGACUGGCUGCUCGACAACCAAUUGAAUUGCUCAGUAUGAAACGAUAUGAGCUUCCAGCCCCUUCCUCUGGUCAAAAAAAUGACAUUACUGCAUGGCAAGAAUGUGUAAACAAUUCUAUGGCCCAGUUGGAGCAUCAAGCAGUUAGAAUUGAGAAUCUGGAACUAAUGUCACAGCAUGGAUGUAAUGCCUGGAAAGUAUACAUUGAAAAUCUAGUUCAUAUGAUUGAACACGCACAGAAAGAACUUCAGAAGUUAAGAAAACAUAUUCAGGAUUUAAACUGGCAGAGAAAGAACAUGCAACUCACAGCUGGAUCUAAAUUGAGAGAAAUGGAGUCAAAUUGGGUAUCCCUGGUCAGUAAGAAUUACGAGAUUGAACGGACAAUUGUUCAGCUAGAAAAUGAAAUCUAUCAAAUUAAGCAGCAACAUGGAGAGGCAAACAAAGAAAACAUCCGGCAAGAUUUCUGAGAAGACAGUUUAGCAGGUAGAAGAAAAGUUGGGCUUUCACAAAAAGCAUCUGAGCUUUUAAUUAAGUGUGAAGGGCAACAGCAUCUUCCCCCAAAACCAUUGACGUUUAAAUGUUUAGAAAUCGUAGAAUGUGUGGACUGCUGUAGUAAUUCUAUUUGUAUAUCUCAACAGAAUUAAAAUGUCUAGCUUGUUGGUAUUUUUUUAGCCAUUAAAAAAAUAAUCUUUAGACUUUCAAAAUAAGUACGAUUUUAGAAUAAUUUUAUGUCAUAGAAUUAAGUUUGAGCUAUGGGGGCCAUAUUUUGUAUCGAAGGAUGUUUAUUUAAAGCUUUCAACAUGUACAGGAAGUUGGCAACUUCUGGUUUAUGACUUUGUCUAAUAAAGAGAGAGUUCCAAACACGUUAUUGAUUACCAAACAAGACUUCAGAAAUAUAGUGACUGUACAGUCAUCAUUACCGUCAUCAUAGGUAACAGUUAUAUCAAACAAUAUGUGCUGAACACUGUUCUGAACACUUUAGGUAGAUGAACUAGAUGUAUAUGAAUAAAAAUCAUUUGGUUCU